AAAAAAACCAACACUGUACAGGUUGUAGGUCAGUCAGUACAACCUGUUUCAGCUUACUCCAGUGCAAAGUGUCGAGUAUGCGUGGUUUAAUCGCUUUUUGUAGACGGUGGAGGUGAGUCACGGACAGAUUUUAGAACUCAUUGGGCUCCCCCGUGUAUUAUUUACACCACCGUAAUGUACACGAUGGUCUUUGUAAUCAAGUUCCAAACAAUCGUGUGGCUGUGUGCGGAAACGAAGCCUAUGACGUCAUUGGACACUACGUGUUUAUGAACGAACCAAACACGAUAUAGUGUCUGGCAUCAAAGCGCUACAGUCAUGUGUUGUGGAAUUUAUUAGGUUAUCGAGAUGUUCGCCUAAAUACAACCACGUAAUUUGCAACUUUUAAAAAGAUUCAAAGUAAAACCAACGUGGAUGUCCGUCAGUCUCGUAGUACCUUUUUUAAUCACGAAAAUAUAAGCAUACAUCAGUUUGACAGUUAUUUAUAAUUUUCGCUGUUGUGAGUUUCACGUUAGCGUUCUAGCAGGUAGAAAUGUCUGAGAGCAUCCGGGGCUGGGACUGGAAUAGUCCAGAGUGUCGUGCCAGGAUGGAUGAGAUCUUUUUUCGCCAGCACGACUACAUUCAGGCGAAAAGUAUUGAACAUACGGAGUUUUGGGCUUUCUUUGAGCGCUUUCAGCGGUUUAAAGCCAAAAAGGAGACCGAGGACUUAAAACCCAGUAAAAGUAUGGAAGAGUUACAUAAGACGCGUGAAAGGGACACAGUGGAUCUUGGGCUCCCAAAAGAAUACGAUGCCCGAUACAGGAUCAACGUCUUUGUAAGCAUCAGCGACAUGGAGGAUCGUCUCGGAGGCUUCCAUGGCAGGCGACAGAGGAAUUACCCGACCGACCCAAGCAGCCAGGAGGUCACAAACUGUCGUCUUGCUCUGCUUCAUUUUCUAGACUUCACUCAGAAGCAGAGCUUCUGUAAACUUGUCAAGCUGCAACAUGAGCAGAAGAGCCUGCCCAUCUUCCACUACCGUGACCGGUUUGUGGAGCUGGUCCAAACCCACCCGGUGGUGGUGGUGGCUGGAGACACCGGUUGUGGGAAGUCCACACAGGUGCCCCAGUACCUGCUGGCAUCUGGCUUUAAACAUAUAGCCUGUACUCAGCCUCGCCGCAUUGCCUGCAUUUCCCUUGCUAAGAGAGUGAGCUUUGAGAGUCUCAACCAAUAUGGUUCAAAGGUUGGCUACCAGAUCCGCUUUGAGAGCAGGCGCACAUCAAGCACUAAACUCCUGUUCCUGACUGAGGGUCUGCUCCUCAAGCAGAUACAACAUGAUGCUGUAUUAUCUCAGUACCAUGUGGUGAUCGUGGAUGAGGUUCACGAAAGACACUUGCAGUGUGACUUCCUGUUGGGUGUGCUGCAUUCCUUACUUCAACGUCGGCCAGACCUGCGCUUAGUUCUUAUGUCCGCCACCAUCAACAUCAAACUCUUCUCCAGCUACUUCACCAAUGCACCUGUGCUGCAGGUGCCAGGUAGACUCUUCCCCAUUCAGGUGAUAUAUCAGCCCAUCCCUCAAAAGGAACAGGUGUCCCAACUGGAGAAGCUGGACCCAAGACCAUACCUGCGUGUGCUUCAGGGCAUUGACCAGCGCUAUCCCCCUGAGGAGAGGGGCGAUCUGCUGCUUUUUCUUAGUGGUGUAGCUGAAAUCUCCACUAUCAUGGAGGCAUGCCAAACCUACGCUGCACGCACCAGUCGCUGGAUCAUACUGCCCCUGCACAGCACCUUGUCACUAGCACAGCAGAAUAAGGUUUUUGACAUUGCUCCCCCAGGGUUGAGGAAAUGCAUCAUUGCUACAAACAUAGCUGAAACAUCAGUGACCAUUGAUGGGGUGCGCUUUGUAGUUGACUCAGGCAAAGUAAAGGAAAUGACUUUUGACCCAAAGGCCAAGAUGCAGAGGCUUCAGGAGUUCUGGAUUAGCCGUGCAAGUUCUGAGCAGAGGAAAGGUCGGGCAGGUCGAACAGGGCCAGGAGUUUGCUACCGGCUCUAUGCUGAGUCAGACUAUGAGGCCUUUGCCCCUUACCCUGUCCCUGAGAUCCAUCGAGUGGCUCUAGACUUGUUAGUGCUACAGAUGAUGAGUAUGGGUCUGGGAGAUCCUUGUUCUUUUAACUUCAUAGACCCUCCUGCAGCCUUUAGCAUUCAGACAUCUGUGAGGUAUCUAAAGGAACAAGGGGCACUAGAUGCUCAGGGAGAACUCACCCCCAUUGGCACUCUGCUGGCCAAGCUGCCAGUAGAUGUGGUUAUUGGGAAAAUGCUAGUUCUAGGUUCACUAUUCAGCCUGGUUGAGCCAGUGUUGACUGUAGCUGCAGCACUGAGUGUUCAAUCACCAUUUCUGCGCAGUACUCAGCACAACCCAGAUUGCGCUACUGCACGCCAACCCUUGCAAAGUGACCUGGGAGACCCCUUCACCCUGCUCAGCACCUUCAAUGCAUGGGUACAGAUAAAAGGGAAUAGGGAAGGAGGCUCCAGGAAGUGGUGCAAAAGAAGAGGACUGGAGGAACAGAGACUGUAUGAGAUGGCCAACCUGAGACGACAGUUCAAGAAACUGUUGAGGAGUCAUGGGCUGGUGACACCGGAGUCGUGCAAUGUGGCUGAGGACCAGGCCCAGCGCAGAAAGAGGCUGACUGAACAUCAGAGACUGCACCAAAUGAAGAGGGAACAUGAGUUAAAGGAGAACAGCCGCAGGAAAGUGUUGCAUCUGGAGGAAGUCCUAGGGAAAGGGUUGUCGUCUGACUCAGAUGAGGAGGUAGCAGGAUCAAGCAAGAAGGACAAAGACUCUGCAGCACAGGACAUAGACAUACAGGAAGUGAAGUUCAAACUGCAACAUGAUGUUAGCAAGCUUCAGGGAGAUGCAUGUGCCAGUGCAACGCUGUCGUCUCAGCAACAGGCUCUUUUCAGACUGGUGCUGUGCCGUGGACUUUACCCGCAGCUGGCCCUGCCUGAUGAACAUAACUCUGCCCGCAAAGAUUCAGAGCAGGUGUUUCACACUCGUAACAAGCAAGGUGUUGUGAUUCACCCCACCAGUGUUUUUGCCAGUAAUUUGGAUUUGCUGCACAUCACUGAGUCCAGUGCUGAGAAGGGGCAGAGUAAUGGGCAUCAGUUGCUGGCUUUUGUAACUCUGCUUGAAACUAACAAACCCUAUGUGUCAAACUGUGUACGGGUCCCUGCCCUGCAGAUUUUGCUGCUGGUGGCAAACUCCAUAGACAGCAAUGCAGACUGCACACGGCUGGUGGUGGAUGGCUGGCUGGAGCUGGUUAUAAGUGAUAGUGUGGCAGCUCUCAAAGUGCUGUCCUCUGCUCUCAUUAUGAGAGACAAGUGGGACAAUCUGCUACAGGCCAAGUUGAGCCAGUCAGGUUUGAGAUCAACUGCGGUUCUAGGGCUUGCUGGCCCAAUACCAUCCCAUCAUGACUUAAAGAAAGUCACUGACGGACUUGUACGCUUUCUGCUGUACACAGAGGUGAGCUACAGCCUGAGAAGGCUUACCCCGCUGCAGUCUCAGAACCUGUACAUCGGACCUCAGCUGAACAUGGAGGUUUCUCUCCCUCCACUCUUCCCUGAGACAAAAGCUGAACCUGAUUCAAUUAAAGGAGGCCUACGUGUCACCAGCUACUUCACCUAUAAUUGCCUCUGUGACUCCAAAGACUUGUACAGUGAGUGUUUGCGGACAUUUUGGACGUGCCCUCACUGUGACUUGCACAUGCCCUUCACUGCACUGGAGCAAAUGCAGCAUGAGGCCACCUGUAGGCCACUAGAGGAACAGCAGACUGAGGAGGAGCCUGACACAGUAAUAUCUGGAUCACUGUCUAAUCUGACUAGACUCUACCAUUGUAAUAUCUGUAAUAAAGACCUAACCCUAACCUCCACCGAGAUACUUAAACACAAGCGUCAACACCAGUCCUGAGUUCUUCCUGCCCCGCUGCACAGAACUAACUCUAUCAUAUGGAGUUAUACUAUAUAUUGUUUUCUUUUUGAAGAAGAAAGCUGUGAAAGAUUCUUGUAAAAAAUAGGUAUGUGUGUGCAAAAAUAGGUGUGUCUUUUGAAAGGCAUAAUCCUCUCCAUUUCAUUUUUAGACUAUAAAUAAAAUGCUCUGGAAAUGUUUUACUGCAUGUGCUUUCCCAAGCAACACUGAAUGUCGUUUCUGUAUCCAUUUCCGUUAUAUAUGACACUUGAAACUACAGAAUGUUUUUUCCAGCAGGUGGUGCUAGUGAGUAAUUUAAGCUGAGCUUCACCUUUAAAAACAUGCACAUGCAAAUCUCUCAUCACUGAAAAGGUGCUCACAUCACCAAACCCAAACCCAGCUGGAAUUUCACUUAGAGAUUAUGACCAUCUGCCUGAAGAUACAAGACAUGGAUUGUAUGAUUAAAAUAUCCUAUGUUUCUUUAAAAUAUAGAACGAGGGUUUAAUUAAGGAUACAAACCCACAAUAUGUAACACAUCAAAGCAGCACAUUGGCACAGAGUUAGAGAAGUCAGACAACACAGGAAUAAAAACCUGUCUCCAAAAAUAAUUAGAAUAAAUAUCUCAUUAAAUAAAUAAACAAUUUUUUUCUCAUUAAUAAUUUUCCAAACUAGUCAAUACAUAUUAAAAUAUGCACAUUGGCUGAAAUAAAUGACCCAAAAAAGUAAGUACUUGUGUUCAUAGUUACAUUAAAACUAUGUUAUUGAUCAAUCAAAUCAAAAGGCACAUUUAUCAAGAUGAAUGGAUGGGUCUUUGAAGGGCAAACUCAACUAGGAGAGCUCAAGGACUAGUAACCAGUGAGACUAGUGAUGGUCUACUACUUGGAUAGGGAAAAGUGUUAGGAGGGUGGCAAGUGAUUUAUGUCAUUGUUUUCCUGUAAUCUAUUACACUUUAAGAACUUUAUUUAACUAUAAAGUGCUUCCAAUCAGGAGUUAAUUUGUAAUUUUACUGAUUCAGUAAGUUGGUACUGUUUCAUGAUUGUUUCCAGUGUCAUAUCAAAAUACAUACACAGCAUACAUUGCAUUGCACUGAUUUUUCUGUCACUGAAACAGUUCCUUGAAAUCUGUAGGUUUUUUUUUUUUUGGUUAAGUUCCUUAGCAGAAGAGGUGUAAAAAAACAAACAAACAAAAGUUUGGGGGAGCAGGGGGUAAAAUAGCAGCUUGUAGACAAAUAUCUUAAAGCCAUCUCCCAUCAGAUACACAGUAUAAGCUAUGAGGUUCAGUCUGUGAGCACAGGCACACAGGCAGUGUUCGAUCUGAUUUGUCUAAAUUCUUUACUGUGAACAGCUUUUUUGCACAUUGUAUUCAGUUGCAAAAAGACCAAGGUUCAUACUAAUACAUUUGUAUUUUCAGUGGUAAAAUCUUAUAUAAAAUAACAGACAUUUAUAGUUGAAUAUAAUGUAAGAUCAUGCUGGAACAAUCACUGCAAAAGUGUUUUGGUUUAACAGGACUGAUAUUCAGCUUGAAUUAUAUAUGACUAGUUCUCUGAAAAGGUCACUUUGCAAUUGAUUACAGUGACAAUUUAGCAAGAUUGUACAGAAUGGCGCUAAAAGUGGCCAAACAACUCAUAGGAUUCUGUAUACACCAUUAAAUUCAACAAAUGAGUUUCUUUAUAUGCAAACAAACAUAUUACUCAGCAGACUGAACAGAUUAGAGUGUUUGAUUCUACAUCAUAACCCUUCAACUUUUUCAAUAAUAUCUGUUGUCUUAGACAGGCCUUUAUUUUCCCUGGCCCCAGUUAUCCUCAUCAACAGAGUCCUAAUAAAAAUAUAAUUUUUCAUUAUAUUAAGUUUGUAAUCUGUAACAUCAAAGCCAAUGUUGAUAUCUGUAAUGUUGUUGUUUAUUUUUAUUAUUUUUUGCAUUU